AUGGUUGUGUGCACAUGUCUGACUCAAAUAGGCUUUGUGGUCAUACCUGGUGUCAUACCCGAAGAAAAGGCGAAACAAUAUGCUUCUCAAGCAUACGAUUGGAUGGAAUCUUGGGGAUUAGGAUUUGAUAGGAAUGAUCCUAGUACUUGGAGAACUGAAAACUUGCCUUUCAACUUACGAGGCGGUAUUUUCGGUCGUGGUGGAAUGUCAUACCAGCAAUUCGUUUGGGACAUAAAACAAGAUCCGAACGUUAUCGAUAAAUGGGAACAAAUUUGGGGAACGAAAGAACUUGUUACUUCGUAUGACGCCGUCAACAUCUCCAUCCCUUGUCCCAGAGACCCAAAUGACAAACUCCUCAAACCUUGGCCUCACGUGGAUCAAUCUCCUCUAGCCACCGACCUUUAUUCCGUCCAGGGUUUAGUCAACCUUUUACCUAAUGGACCACAGGACGGGGGUUUGUUAGUUUUAAAAGGUAGUAAACAAUUGUAUGAAGAAUUUUUCAGAGCUUUUGACCAUCAAAAACCUGAAGGUGGAUGGCCUACUAUAGAUAGGUAUGAUCAUACACCUGAACAAAACCAAUGGUUUAUUGAUAGAGGAUGUGAAUGGGUUAAAGUAUGUGCUAAUCCUGGUGAUCUUGUAUUAUGGGAUAGUAGAACUGUACAUUAUGGUGGUUUACCUCAACGUGAAGCGGAAAGGAUUGCAUGUUACGUAUGUUUCAAACCUGCAGCUUUCCUAACUCCCGAAAUCAAAGAACGUCGUCUCAAAGCAUGGCAUAACCGCGAUAACACUUCUCAUGAUCCUAUCACUUUCUGGGUCAACCCUUUCCUCCCUCCAGAAGAUCAUCCGACAUACGAAACUGCCAAAGGACGUGAACAACCAGAACCAAAGUUGACCGCUCGUGGUAGACAAUUGGUUGGGUUGGAUGAAUAUUGA